CAUCACUGUAACGCAUCAGGUAAUUUCGAUUAAAUAUUCAAAAAGUUCGUUGUUGCCGCACGUUUAUAGGAAGCCUUAAAUAACUAGCUCAAAAUAAAUAAUUAUUGAAUAUUUCACAUAUAUACUUUUCUAUUUCAAAUUGAAAUUUCGAUCUUACUUAAUUAUUGUUUUGUUUUCCAUUAAUUUAUUAUCUCAAAUCAAAUUUCGCGGAAUCGAUAAUUACUCGAAGUUUGGCAACGCUGCGAUUCGGCUAAUCGCGAUUUACACCAAGGUAAAAAAUUUGGAAAAAUUGAACCAAUCAAAUAAUUACAUUGAAGUUGAUUAGAAACGUUAAGUUACACAUAUUGACAUCAAAAGUAUUUGGUAUUGAGAAAAAAUGUUCAAUAUUACGGAAUAUCUAGUUAUAUCUGUAUAUCUCAAUUAUCGCUGGAAUUUUCUGUGGUGGAAUAACUAGGUCACGGGACCAGAUGAUCGCGAUGGAGUGGUGGGGAGGCAUCCGUCAGAAACAUAGCCUAGCACACUCGAUUUUUCCGAUCAGAAAAGAUGUUUCCGUCAAACGUUAACGUGCGUUAAAAAUGUGUGUUUUGUUAAGUUCAUAAUAACUUUAAAUUCCCUAAGUAUUCAUAACCGCCCGGCUCAAUCUCAGUGUUAGAUUAGUCGGGUUCGAGACAGCUCUUUACAUCGAAGAAAGAAACAGUUCGUGGGUGUCGAAAAGUUCGUAAAUUUCCGUAUUUCUGCAAUUAUUUCAAGAUGACACUGCUUGGGAACGUUUUCGUGUGCAUGACCGACACAAACAAUACCGAUUUCGACGAUUCCUACAAGGAAUUAGUAAGGGAUUUGGUUCCCGAUUGGGUUUGUGCCCUGGAAUAUGUGCCCUGGUGUUGGGCCAUUUUUGGCUCCAUCCUUGUCGGACUCAGCGGCGUUUUGCCGCUCCUUGUCAUACCAUUGGACCAAUCGGACAAUUUGAAACAAGGAGAUGGUGCUAAUAGACUAAAAACUCUUCUCAGUUUCGCCGUUGGUGGAUUAUUGGGAGACGUGUUUUUGCACUCAUUGCCCGAAAUUUGGGCGAACGACACCGUCUCUUCUGUCGGUGGACAUCACAUUUCCUCUAGCGGCUUAUGGAUCCUAACCGGCCUCAUAAUAUUCGUGACCGCCGAAAAAUUAUUCUCCGUUUUGGAGCAAAUCGAUACAAACAGCACCCAAAUCGCGGAAACCACCGCAGAAAACAACAACAACAAGAAACAACCAGUCGAACAAAAAAAAUUCGUAGCCGGGUACCUCAACCUGGUGGCGAACACCAUGGAUAACUUCACUCACGGGUUGUCCUUGGGCGGGGCCUUCCUGGUGUCCCUGCAGCUGGGCUUGCUCACCACCUUCGCCAUAUUGGUGCACGAGAUCCCCCACGAGGUGGGAGACUUCGCGAUUUUGCUCAAAUCGGGCUUCACCAGGUGGCACGCCGCCUUGUUCCAGAUAUUAACAGCGGGUGGCGGGCUCGUGGGGGCGAUGGCGGCUAUCACCUUCAGCGGGGCGCGGAAUGCUCUUGAGGCUAGGAGUUCUUGGAUAUUGCCGUUUACCACUGGAACGUUCCUUCACAUAGCUCUGGUGACUGUUCUUCCUGAUUUACUGAAAGAAGAAGAUCCUAAAGAGUCCUUCAAGCAACUAUUAGCUUUAAUCCUAGGGAUCGUUGUUAUGGCGUUUGUUACUAACGUAUUGGAAUAGAAUCGAGCAUCGUACAGGGGCGUAGAACGAUAGAAAAAUUAUCAUCUUGCUGAUGGGAAAUGUGGUAAACCGUACAAAAAUGGGGCUGAUUGAUUUGUAUAUCAUCCUUUAAAUGCAGCCCGUACAAAUUGUUUUUUUUAUGGAUUAUUACAUUUUGGAUACAACUGUCUAAUUGGAGUUUUUGCCAGUAAAAUUUGGUUUUUGUUUGAACUUGAAAAGUUUCUAAUGGGGUAUAUUAGGCUGUGAAUUAGACAGGCAAAAUUCAAAAUUUCAUUUCGCGUACCGUUCGAUUCCCGGCAAUAUUCAUACGAUGGUAUUUUUUUUGACUACAAAUUGAGAAAUAUGCUGUGUUGAUAAAGUUGCCAUAUAUUUUAUUAUUCUCUAGUGAUAUCUAGUUUUAAAGCUGUAUAUACAUAUUUUAUCAGUAUUUUAGGGUAGAAUAGAAAUUUGAUAUCAAGAAAAUGUAAUUUUUUAAAUACACAUCUCUG